CAGUCUACGCAAUCCGGUGGCUGGAAGUGACGUCACGCUCAUCUGCCGCGCUUACGUCUUCUCUUCUCCGCCGACGUGGGGAUAUUUCCAGACGACCAACGACACCGAAGAAUUAAUUUACAUCAACGAAUCAGAUCCGCCGGCCGCGUUUGAAAUGGAAAUUAACACGACAUCAUUGGCCAUUGGAGGAGAAGCGGACGAUUACUACCAGAGUACUUUGACGCUGUACAACGUCACGGCCGAUUAUCCGAGAAAGUUUAAAUGCAGAGCAGUCAACGAAGUUGGCGAUGUGGCCAUGGACACAAUUUCCUUCAGAGUUACCAACACUCGCAUUCCCUUUUUAAUGAAUGCAAAUAAGGUAACUGAAGUGACGCUGAUCAAAGGAAUUGCGCGAAAUUUGACUUGCACCGGACACGGAAUUCCGCCACCAGAAAUCCAAUGGUUUAAGGAUGGCGUUGAAUAUUUUGACGAAGUCUACUCCAUCGGCAACUCGACCGUGUUGACUCUGCAAGGAUCCGAGGAGGAAGUUGGCUCGUACGCCUGUCAGUUAAGCAACUACCUGGGCGAAAGUUACAAGAAUUUUACCGUCGUCUUUACCGAAGCGCCGGAUGCGAUGGACAACACAGUUGUCAUUGCCGCCGCCACAGUUACAAUGGCCAUCGUGCUGGCCAUAACAGUGAUCGGAGCUAAAGUCUACCUCGAUAAGAAACGAAUGAAUUUAUUUCCCGGGGCACUCGCUUUACUUAACGGAAACCCAAGAGAAAUCAACGACCAACUCAAUUUAGACGAACAAGUUGAAAUAUUGCCCUACGAUAAGCGAUGGGAAUUUCCCAGGAGUCGACUCAAACUGGGUGUACAACUGGGAGCUGGGUGCUUUGGUCGAGUGGUCAAAGGCGAGGCUGUCGGAGUCAAAGACUCUGAGGAAACUGUCAAAACGGUGGCCGUCAAAAUGGUCAAGUCGCAAACCAACGUCGCUGCUCUAGAGGCUCUCAUCGGUGAAUUAAAAAUCAUGAUCCACCUUGGGGCUCAUUUGAACGUGGUUAAUCUACUUGGGGCCUGCACCAAAACCCUAAUAAGAGGAGAACUGAUGGUGAUAGUCGAGUAUUGCCGAUAUGGCAAUUUGCAAACGUAUUUGGUCAAACACCGGCCGAACUUUAUCAAUCAAGUGGACGAACUUGGCAAUCUCUUGUCGGAUGCGGAAAUGGAAGAAAAGAGAAACAUGGCCAAUAACAGCCAAGAGUUGGAGAACCCAGACAAGUCUGAAGGAUCGCAGCCUUCUGAUGCCAACACUUUAGACGAAAACAAUUCCACUAAUCCAGAUGGGCCGGCGAGUAGUGAAGUUAUGAAAGAACCGGAAUCUUUCUGGGCGUACCAACAAGACCCCGACGCCAAUGUGCAUGGACUGACCAUGACCACAGCGGAUUUGAUCUCUUGGUCUUUCCAAAUUGCCAGGGGAAUGGAUUACUUGGCUAGCAGAAAAGUUCUUCACGGCGAUUUGGCCGCCCGAAAUGUUUUGCUGGCCGACGACGGAGUGGCCAAAGUGGCCGAUUUUGGAAUGUCACGAAACAUGUAUUACGAGGGAAAUUACCAGAAAUCGUCGCAGGGGUUGAUGCCUGUCAAGUGGAUGGCCAUCGAAUCCUUAACGGAUCGCGUCUUUUCCACACAAUCCGACACUUGGUCGUACGGUGUGCUACUGUGGGAACUCUUUACACUCGGAAAAAUCCCUUACCCAGGAAUGGAUGCCAAUCAUCAACUGGUCCGCCAACUGGAAAAUGGAUACCGGAUGGAGAAACCCGCUUAUGCACCUAAUUACAUUGGUGAAAUUAUGUCCGGCUGCUGGAAAGCGGAUCCCAAAGAGAGGCCAACCUUCAGUCACAUCGAGCAAACAAUCAGCAGCGAAAUGGAGUCGACAGUCAGCGAUCAUUAUUUGAAUUUGAACGACUCGUACGAGAAGCUCAACGAAGAGAAAGUCACGGCUACUACGUGCGAACCUUUGGGGCUGGCCAAAGCGCUGGAAACCAAAGAAAAACCCACUAGAUGGACCUCUCUAACUACGCGUGUCAGCAACACGGAACCAAAGCCACAAAUCAAGGAAUUUACUAGUUUGCGAGAUAUCCGUAGGGCGCAGAGUGCAGUUAAUGCUUUCCAAACAACAGCCAAUCCAAAUCAAUACGUUUAAAUCGGGGGCCUUGUCGAUAUCGGGUUAACCAUCAGCUUUAUCGGUGAAGAGAUUAAAUCAAAUUCGUUGUCAUCUUCAUCACCAAUUAAUAACAAGUUUUACCAUUUCAUCGCUGUGCUAUGAAUCGGAUGUGUAAAGUUAAACAAUGAAGCAAUAUAAUUAUAAGGUAUUUUGGUU